AGGAUUGAUUUUGUGGUACAACUUGUCCCCUCCUUUCUCAUACAAUUCCCCUCCGUUCACAUCUGAAAAGGAACUGCGGUCGUGACACAAUAAUAUGCAAUCUACUUAAACGCUGAUUAGUCGCCUUUAACUACAUCAACUAAAAUACUGUAGCGUUGCGACGGUCUUUGCAUUGCGAUUCAGUACAUGUCCGUCAGGAAUCUGUUCAUUUACCUUCAAACGUGACAAAUUAUUUUCACCCCUCUUGGAGCGGAUAUUAAUAACACAGCGAUUCGAAUUUAUAUGGGCCUGGCUGAUUGUGCUUGGAACAAGCUGCUGUGGGGCCUCGCGUUCGUUUCUCCUUCCUGGUUUUCGGGUUGGCUCGUUUCCCUUGAUGCAAUCUCACACACCUCAACCGCAUAAGACCUGAGAGAGCCCUCCGCCGGGACACACAUCCUGCUUCCAUUUCUGUUGCCUUUUAUCCCCACGGACAUCUCGGAACAGGAAUGGACACGUAAGGACCGCUAAGCAUGAGUGAGUUUUGGUUCUGCUUCAGAUGCUGCAUAGCAGACCAGCCCCAGCCGAAGCGACGGCGGCAUAUCGACCGGAGCAUGAUUGGCGAGCCGACAAACUUCGUCCACACGGCCCACGUGGGAUCCGGAGACAUCUGCAACGGCGUGAACUCUGUGAACUCUAUACAGAGCCAGAUGCAGUCGAAGGGUGGCUAUGGGGACGGGGAUAUACCAGUGAACGCCCAGAUGUAAAUAGUGAUCAGGAUCUGUACAUAGUAUGUGUGUGUGUGGAGACUGGCUGUGCUACUUCAAGGAGCAAUCCUCUCAUGUUUACCCAACAGACUGAGUCAUGAAACUGGUUCAGGUCUAGCCCAAUAGAGUCUGACCAGAACCCGUUUUAUUCUCAACUAUUUGUCACGGAUUUAAUGAGAAAAGAACAGAUGAAUGUAAUAGUUUCAAAGACGAAAUCGAAAUCAAAGACAAAGGGCAUUCCUGUAAGACUUGUAUUUGGGCUUUCAUCUGUCUUUGUGAUGCAAAUGUAGUGAGUCGUGAUAAUCUCAAGCUUGUUCUAAAUUACAGUCGCUGCAUGUUACAGUGAAAAAUUGAAAUGUUUCUGUGAGGGCCUAACAUUAAGCACAAUUUGCAAUAUUACGGUACAAUGCUUCAUGUUCCAUUCAAUAUUCAAUAUCCUGUUCAAAAGCUUAGACCCAGGACCUUGAACUGAUUUUUAAAUAUGGAAUUAAAUAUUUUUAUAUAUUUAUUUUAAAAAAACAUAACUGGUGCAGUGUUCAAUUUGACAUGUGAGAAUGUCAGUGUCAUUUUUCCCCUCCAUGUUUAUGUCACAACUCACUUCAGCUGCUUCCAGCAGAUGGCCUCCCAUUUGAGAAGCAUGGGGUUAGAGCAGUCCGUAAUGGUAAUAUGUCAUUGUGUUUGUGUAAGGGUGAUGUGAUGUCAGUCAUGUAUGAUACCUAUGAAUGUCCAGUGGCGUAUCUUCUAUUUGGAUUUAAAAUGACUUCUGCAUAUGUUAUGCGUUUCGGCAGCAUUCCGAGAGGUUCAAACAACACCCCCACCCCCUGCUGCGUCUCUAUGAAAACCACUGACCACUCAAAAAAAGUUAAAUAAAUGAGUAAAUACUCUGUCGCAUUCAGGCUGCCUCUUCAUCCUGAGGAUGAAGAUGGAGGUCCCACCUCUCUGAGUUGUUAUAACUCUGGGUAGCCUGUAACCCAGUGGCUGCGGUGCAUGACCAUGACCCUCAAGGUUGGUGGUUCAAGCCCUGGUAUAGCCACGAUUAGAUACGCACAGCUCUUGGGCCCUUGAGCAAGGCCCUUAACCCGACAUUGCUCCAGGGGAGAUUAUCCUCCUGCUUAUGCUAAUCAACUGUAAGACUCUUUGGUUAAAAGCAUCAGAUAAAUAACAAAUGAAAAACUCAAUUUAAGCCUUCUAGUGCAGAAUCCUGCUGGUGGGAUCAUGCCAUUCAGAGCCCCCCACCACUGCCCCCCACCCCCCAAAAAUGCUAAUACUGUACCAGAUUUUGGUUCUUCAGCUUUACAGCGUCUUACCAAAAACAUGUUCUUACAUGUCUCUGAGCCUCUUUCAGCUUCUACUGAUUACAGAGCAGGCACAAGAAUAUAGUACAAUAAAUCAUUCAUGCAACCAUGCAUUUGCACAUUGUAUGUUCCACUUUAUAAACUUUUAGGGAGGGCACGGCCAAGGACUGAAGGAAAAGAAACUUGUCUGGUGCUGCUGAAUUUGACCUUUUACCCUUGACAAGGUGGUAAACCUGAAGUGCUUCAUUAAAUAUCUGGCUGUGUAUACUUGGUGCCAAUAAAGAAGAAAAAGAAUGAUAACGAUUUAUUUAUUCCUUUAUCCUAACCUGCUAGGACACCUUUAGUGACUGCUGUCGACCCUCUGUGUGAAAAGAAUGGCGAUACAGCCACAGUGCCAGCUGUGGCAGGGGAACCCUUCUCGCACAGAUAAAUGGACAGUUUGGUGCUCGAGCACUGUGAGGUUACCUACCUGCCAAAUACUGCAGUAUUCACUGAAUCCACACACAAUUAGCUUUUAUGUGCCCUCAGUUCAACGGGAUAAUAGCUUGGUUCUCAUCUCUGCAAAUUGCCAAUGUGAACCGUAGUGCUAUGUUUUUGUGUGAGUCACUAUGAGCAAAUAUACUUUGUCAUUGUUGCUCAUUCAAGGUCUGCCACCAGCACAUACAUUUUGAUUACAUUAUUUUUCUUGGUUUCUCGUCAACUUUCUUGUUUGGUAGUCAUUGUAAAAUUUGGCCCUGGCUUUACAAAAAGAGACUGUGAUGGCUCAGCUGUGUCUUUAGCGAUAGCAUUAUAGGUAAGUUACAUCUCUGUUCAAGAGCAAUGACUGUCGUCACAGUGCAUGAUUUUUCCCAGUUAUCUUUUUUUCAUUAUAGUUGUUGCAGUUCCCAUUUGCCUUUUGGGCGAUAACUGGCAUUUUGUUUUCAUUUGCCUAUAAAUUUGUUCAGCAAUGUUUCAUUUUAAGAAGCAUGAAAUAUAGCGUGCAUGCAGUUCAGUACAACUUACUCAUGUACUUUUAUUUAUGAUUUCAAUAUAACACCUGACUAUUGUGCUGAAUUAAAGCACUUGUCAUCUACAGGUCAGCUUGACUCGGUAAAACUGCACAUUUCAGAGUAAAUAUAUACAGCACAGGUUUGCGUUCAUGUCUGAAAUGCCACUGCCCCCUAUGUGUCUUUGGUAAGGGGGGCGGGGGGUUAGAAUAAUUCAAAGGGCCCUGACUGACCCUCAGGGGACCUCAACAAUUGUUGUGUAAUCAUGCAGCGAUGGGGUGGCCUGGGGUGGUGGCACCAAAAUCCCCCUGACCCCUAUCAUCAACAAACAGGCUUGUUCAGCUUAAGGGCAUUUUUGCUCAGGUAUAUUUUCAGGUAAGUAUUAUAUUGAGCUGUGUCUAACAUGAAAGCACAUGUGUAGCUUUAUGUGGGAAAUGUGAAUUAUGUAAGUUAAUCUUUCCAGUUCACCGGAGUAAAUAUUUUAAUGAAAUACCAUUUAAGCAUUUGUACGGAAAAUGUAUUUGGUAUUUGUGGUACCAUGUAUGUGCUAUCUGAAAAUGGCGUCUGUAAACCUGUUUCUUGGGGUCAACUGAUUAAAUUUUAAGCUGUGUCUA